AUGCCGAAAUGCAAAGAGAAUGUUAAAACCGACAGAGCAAUUAUGCGAUCAAAUAUUUCAAAAUCUAAACCCGGCAUGAGUUUGCUGGAGGGGAAUAAACUUUGCAGCAUAUCUUCUCUCUCUACAAGAAACUCUUCAGGUGAGAGCGAGUCACUGAUUCCAGUCUCUUCCACAAAAAUUCGAGACCAAUCAAAAGAGUCCUCCGAUGACGACAAUCGACAAUGGAAGGCCUCUGCAGUUCCUAGCAAUGUUCUUCCCAAUCUCUUCCAGUUCCGGAUGUUGUUCUUCCCCAAACACGCACCUUUGCAGAAGAUUCCAACUUUCGUCCAGAUUCAGAAAAGGCAUUUGAAAGUAGUCUGGGCCAUCCAGUUGCAAAGCCACUUUCGAUGGCCUAGUGGUUAUUAG